CAGAAAAACACGAAAGUAUAUGAAAUUUACAGAAAACAUAAAAAUAACGGAUUUUUAAAAAGGGGGAGGGCAAAAAAAAUUGUCCUGUCCCUAUGUACCUGCGGAUGCCUUAUCAUCAAGUGGGUGAUCUAAGCCAAUGUUAGUGUUUUUUCAAGCAAAAUAACGUAACUUUAAAACGAAAAGAAAGUCUUUCGGUAAUUAAAGAAAACAACGUUCAAAUAUUUGAUCAGUUACUUGGAGUGAAAUGAAGAUUCAGUUUGUUGUUGCGUUACUUUGCUUGGUGAUAUUUCUACAUUCUGAAGGCAAACACCAAGACAAUGGUCACUACAAAACCAAGGCCAAAGGACACAAUCACGAAAAUUGCAAAAGCAAAGGCGAUCCACCAAAGAAGUGUGAAGCACCUUGCAAAACUCUUCCAACGACAUGUCCAGUGGGAUACUCAAAACUAACUAAUCAAAGUAUAAGCCCAAAUUGUUACCUAUUCGAAGGGAAUAAUACAUCGGAUAGACCAACGUGGUAUGCUGCACUUGCGAGAUGCAUUAGUACUCCUGGUGCCUACCUGUGGAUUCCAGAAACAAUAGAAGAGGCUGAAGCAAUUAGAGACAAAUUUAACAUUGUUGAACAUGGCUUUGACAUAUAUGUUGGAGCAAACAAUCUAGUUGACAGUGAUACAUAUGUGUAUUCAGUAACCAAUGACACAUUUGAUUGGGACAACCUUGCAUUUGGAGAACAAUUUGGAUUGCUGAAAACCUUUGAUGGCUGCAUGGAACUGGAAUUUAAUCAGACCGGGAUACCUAAUUUUCUGUGGGAUUCAGAUACUUGUUCUUCUGGUAACGAGGCAUAUAUUUUUUAUCCUAAUGCAGAAAGAUUUUCCUGA